UAUAGCGGGUAAGCCGCUUACACUCUUCUUUGUAUUUAUCGUGAUUGAGAAUAACUUAUCAUAAUAUUUUACAUCAUAAUAUAACAAACGAUAAUUUCUUAUCUAGUCAAAAAUGUGACAUAAUACCAAUAUUAUUCUGGAGUGCUGCGGAGGAGAUUUCAAGGAAAAGUGUGGAGUUGGGUGUAGGCGCCCAGAUGAGUAGAUUUAGUGCCAUCGUGAGCGUUUCAAAGUCCCAAAAAUUGCUCCCCACGGCAGUCCGGCGCGAGCGUACAUCGCUUACCAUAAGCUGGGCGCAGGCAUGGAGGCCCAAACAGCCACGCCACAGACUGAAUGCGAUUGUGGCGUACAUCCCUCCGUAUUCUACUUACUGGCCACAUUACUAUUUACCAGUUGUUCAACGGCGAUGCUGUGCGCGGCUAUGAUGACGGAGCACUGGGAGCAUGUGGCGUGGGAGCGCGCCGCGCUGGCCGCGCUCGCAAACACAUCCAACACGGUGCUGCACUGGUUGCUAGAUGACAAAGUCGCCAAGGUGGAGGUAGCAAACAACCGGAAAGGCGGCGGCGGCACAUUUUUAGUGCCAAUGAACGGCGGCAUUUGGACUAUGUGUGUGUCUUUGGAAGAGGAGGAGGUGAUGAUACUGUCGCGGGCCGGAUUCCCACAGGAGCCGCUGUGCACAAACUACUUAGCUAACAGCGAGGACGAGGAGCCCAGAGCGGACUGGCAACAUCGCAUGCAGAACCUUUCUAUAUCAUGCGCGAUGGUGUGCCUGAUUGUGCUGGGCAGCGCGGCGCUGGUCGGCACGUUCGGAGUCUGCAAGCACCAAAUCAGCGCAGUACUUGUCACCGGCGUCAUGUACUUGUUAGCCGGUCUAUUCGCGAUGUUCACGCUCAUGAUAAUCCACUUCAAGCGUAUCCAGCGUGUGUCGACCCGCAGCAGUAGUCACGGUGACGACACCGCCGACGGCGUGGUCGGACCUCGCAUUGCCGCUUUACCACUGCUCUCUGCUAGAGAGUUCACCACAAGCUGGUCGCUGGAGCUCGGUUGGGGCGGAGUCGCCCUCGCCACAACAACCUCCUUGCUUUGGAUAUUACUGUCAAAAAUAAUGAGAUACAAUCCUAUAUCAACUAUGCUGUUAUAGAUUUAUUGUUUAUCUUAAUACGGUCAAUUAUAAAAACUCGUUAUAUCGCGCAAUUUUGCUUCAGCUUAAGUUCUGUCGGAAGAGUAGGUAGUUUUAAAUCUUGUAGAUUUACCAAGUAGAUUAAUAAUAAAAUUAAAUUUAAUUAUAAACAGUUAUCGUUAUUGAAUUUGAAUACGAGUAUUCUUUAAGAAGAAUUUUCAGUUUAGUUUAAUGUGAAAUGAGAGAGAAGGAAACGUUUAGAAAAUAAUUGCUAACUGGUAUUGUAAAACAUAGUUUAUAAGUCGGGAUGAAAUCGGAGCAAUUAAAUAUAAUUUUGACUUAAAAAAAACUAAAAUCUCUGUAAAAGAAAUAUAAGAAAUCUGUGCUCUCCCUUUUUCCUAAAACUGAUUUCCUCUUCAUAAAAUUUCAUAAUA